AUGAUACGAAGAGGCAGAGCCGAGGGAUGGCUCAAACAGCCCAUUGAUGCCCUGCCCACCUGGGCGACCUUUCACGGCGUCAGAUUCAACAACGUCAAAAUCGGACCCCUGCCGGGCCAUGAGGAGAGAGGCUCAACCGUCAUCGCAGACGAGAGUUUGCAGAGCAGCGCCAAUCCGCUCCUUGUGGUGCCCAAAGAAUUAAUCAUCUCGCGCCAAAACAUCGACCUCGUUGCAAAGGCCGACCACCAUUUGCAUGAGCUUCUUGAAGCCCUAGGAGAUUUCGGCAGGACCACCAGAGGCGCCGUGCUGACCUUCUUGCUCCUUCAAGCUACCAUGUGCUGCCCACAUACAACAGAAGUGGGUGUUCUGAACCCCCUCACAGAGUACAUCAAGUUUCUCCCUGAUGAACUGCUCCCCACCUUCUGGACCGAGGAAGAGCGCGAGCUGCUGGUUGGAACCACGCUCAAGCCUGCAGUGAGCGCAAAGCUCAAUAGUCUGCUGCGCGAGUUUGAAAACUUGCGAACCGCAACAGAGUCUAUCCCAUGGUGCCACAAGUAUUGGUGGAGUGAAGACAAUGGGAUGCUCACUUUUGACGACUGGAUGCGUGUUGAUGCCAUGUACCGGUCGAGAGCAUUGGAGUUCCCAGGCGCCGGUGACUGCAUGAUGCCAUGCGUCGACAUGGCCAAUCACGCAUCGGGAGACGCAACGGGCGCCUUGUACGAGACGGAUAGCAACGGAAAUGGCCUGCUUCUGCUGCGAGAGGGCAAAAACAUUGAAAAAGGUGGCGAAGUGACAAUUACAUAUGGCGAUGACAAAGGCGCGUGCGAAAGCAUCUUCUCGUAUGGAUUUCUCGAGGAUGCAAUGACGUCUGCCAGAGCCAUGUUCUUAGAUCUUGAUGUUCCAGACGAUGACCCCCUGAGGCCUGCAAAGAAGUAUGUUUCAACGGAAGCGCCGGGGUUCCGCAUCUUCGAGAAGGACGGCACCAUAGACUGGGAGGGUGACUUCAUAUGGCUGGUCGUCGUCAAUGAAGAAGACGGGCUCGACUUCAAGGUCAGACAAACAACUGACGGCAAGCGAGAUAUCCAGGGAUUUUGGAAAGAGAGAGUGCUGGACACUUCAAGGCUACGCCAGCACCUUGAAGAAGACGCGGCGUGGGACGUGUUCCAGUUGCGUGCGACGGUACUUUUGCAAAACCGCAUUGAUGAGCAGAUUGAGAUACUCAAGGGAGCCCAAGGCAUGAAGCAUGAGGCCACUGUUCGGGACGUGCCAUGGCGGCUGGCGGAGCGCCUUCGAAGCCUAGAACUAGAGAUGCUCCAACGUGCCGCAUCCGUCCUUGGCAACCAGAGAGCCCAGUUGCUAGACUCGCCAACCGUUAUACACUAUCUCGGCUUGGACGGAGCAGAAGCAGAAGAGGAAGAGGAAGAAGACGACUUUUCUUGAACGCGCGAGACACCGCCUCGACUUGGCUCGUACGGGUGCAAAAGGGUGCCAUUGGUCCGAUGCAGCGAUUUUGCAGCGAUUUGCAACCAUUUUACAAACUCAUCUGACGUCGUGUAAGACAUGCAACCAUGUCCUCUCCGCUCGCGUUUUCUUUGGGCAUGAAUCGCGGACAUGAUGGUGAUCGGCAGGAAGCGCGGCUGCUGUAAAAUAGCAAUAGAAGCAUGGGACUCGGGCUAUGGACACUGCGCUUCUUAGUCGUGUAGAGUACAUGUUGAUGGAUAGCUGGGGCGCCGCCGUAGACCCCACAGGUUAGCCGUGGGGAUGCGAGUCGGGGUGCAGUUGGUGCGAUCAGUAAGAUCAGGCCAUGUCGUGGAUGCAACAAAGGCGGGCUGCGCCUAUGCACGUGUAUGAAUAAUGAGUGGCACAGGUGACUGGACAGGAUAAACCGAGUCUUUUCUCACCCAGCCAAGAC